AUGAACAAACUUAUCAUUUUUUCGCUGAUGCUUGCAACUGUUUUAGCGUUUGUGAACUUUGCCCUUGCCGGUGGUAAGGGCCACGAUGUCAUUAUUCUCGGCGGACAUGGAGGCGGUGGAGGUCAUGGCGGCUAUGGAGGUCAUGGAGGUGGUGGUCAUGGUUGCGGACCGGGACUGGUCAUGAAGACAGGUAAAAAAGGCAAAGGCAAUGUUAUCAUCAUGAACAACUGCCACAAAAAGCACCACUAUCACCAUGAACAGCAUCACCACCAUCAUCACCACAUGCCGGAGUAUCACCACGAGGAGUACCACCAUGAUGAUCAUCACGGCUACGGCGGUGAUCACGGUGGAUAUUGA